GCUGUGUGAUUGAUUCUUGGCGAUCACCAUGGCUGAAGCGGUUUCUUAUGUUGCCCUCUGACUAUCGCAUGACCCCACCGUAUGUUAAAAAUUUUAAAGGGCACCCGUUAUUAGAUGUUGGCGUGAACCAGAAAAGAACGGUUCGGCCUGCCGGUUGUUGAUCAACAAGUGGGUGUGAUAAUCUGUGAUUCCUGUGUGCUAUUAUAGUGUGAUUCCUACUUUCGGAUAGAAAGGCCAACAUGACGCCGAUGUGUAUAGAUCGUUCCCAAUCUCCAACGCACAAGGGGAGUUUCCUGCAGGGCAGGAAGUCACCGGUGAGCAACAAUCUUAACCAACAGAAUGCCAACAACCACCGGCGAAACUCGUGCAGCCCGCCCCUGUCCAAGGACACCAAGUCAUCCGGCAAGCUCAGCGACCCGGACCGCCGGUCCCAAUCAGUUCAGUCCAGCCGCUACAAGACCGAGCUGUGCAGGCCCUUCGAGGAGAGUGGGACCUGCAAGUACGGAGACAAGUGCCAAUUCGCCCACGGCGUCAAAGAGCUUCGCAGCAUGGCGCGGCACCCCAAGUACAAAACGGAACUCUGCCGCACCUUCCACAGCACGGGGCUCUGCCCUUAUGGACCCCGAUGCCACUUCAUCCACAACAGCGAACAGGCCAAGAAGAGCCUGCUCACCAACCUCGCGGGCAGCACUGUCGUGGUGACAGCCAACCAGCCGAUGCACAGGCCGAAGGCCCUCAACAGUCUGAGUUCCACGGGGGACAUAUCGCCCCCAUCCAGCCAUGGCGGCUCGCCCACUGGGGACGGAGACAAGAGUUUCGAUGACCUGUAUCAGGAGAACAACCUCUGCUCCGACUUCAGCAACAACGCGCUCACUUUCUCCAAGAAUUUGACAAACCUCAUGAACAGCUUGCACCAGAGCUACGUGGAGUACCCGAACUGUGAGUACAAUUCGGAUCUCUACGAUUCGCCCAGUGUCUUCAGCGAUGGCAUGACCCCCGAAGUUGACAACUACAGUUACCAAGGCCCCGUGUUAGACUUGUUUCAGACUGGCCCCAUAACGCCCACGACCCCGGUCGAUGGAAGCACGAGUUUUUUCCGGCUCCCUGUCUUCGGUCUCCUCCACAAGCAAUAAGCUGAUACAAGCUUGCACUUCAGAACGUACCUGUAUUAUGUCUUGACAAACCUCGAAUAUUUUCCUGAAUUGAGCUGCCAUUGAAAGAACUUGGUCAUCAAUCAUUUUAAUGUCUAAAAUCCUCAUCGCUGGUUCAACUGAGUUCGUUCUUAGAAACUAAAAUGUAUGCUGUAAACAUUACGUUUCAUUCUUAUUCGUAACUAAAACAUUGAGCGUAGUAACGUUUAGUUACUUUAGUAUGUGUGGAAAUUACCGUGUUCAUGUUUAUGAACCUGAUUCAAAGUAGUCUAAACGAUUUCAUAGCUUUCUUUUUCGGUCAUUUUUAUCAACCGAGUUGAACCUUAGACAUACUCCCGAACCGCUGAUUGAAGCUUUCUAAUUGGAUGAAGAAGACAUUGGUGUUUGAUGUUUAACUCGGCUUAUGGAAGAAGGCCAUUAGUCACUAAAACUGCCAUAAACGUUUCUAAGAACUAAAUUCAGAAUCAUUCAAAAUUAAAUAUUUCAAUUCCCCCUCCCCUACUGCAAUCGAAGCUUUUUAAAAAUAUUAUUUUUAACAACUGAACUAGAUCAGGUUUUUCUCUUUCGUAAUAUGACGUGUGUUUAUGGAUUAAAUUCAGUUCUUUCUGGAAAUUUAUUUUUUUUUUUUUUUUUUGUAAUCGACAAAACUGCUUAAAACCUCGGCUUUAUGCUAGUAUAGUUAAGCUUUAUCUAAGUCUUCUGUUAAUAGCUUAAUUUUCGUUUAGGAAAAAUAUCUACUUAAAAGGAAUCAUGAAGUCCAAUUAAAUGUGUAUGAAAGGUAUCAUUUUGUAAUUAAAUUUAUUAUAUACUUGAAAUGGAUUAAGUUUACUCUUGUUUUAGGUAAAAUAUGAUUAUAUCAAUAAAUAUUGAAAAAACAUUCCAGUUCUUUGUUGUUAUAAUGCGAAUUAGAUAUGAGAUUAAAUGCACCUGUCUAGUAAAAAUAUUCUGUUAAGUUGAUGUGGCAAUGAUUAGCAAAAAAAAAAAAGGGGGGGGGGAGCGGAAUUUCAAAUUUCGCGUUUUUUUUCUUCCUCUUUUUUUUUUUUUUUUUUCCAAAUUUUAUUUCAGUCUUUCCAAGGUAUAUAAUACCGCUGAAUAUUUUUUUUUCCAAUAUCCAACCUCCCCCCCCCCCUUCACAUACUUUCAGUAUACUUUAUUGUACAUUUAAACGUGAACUUUAACGAAUACUUUAUUCAUUAGUAGGUUCUUUUGUGAACUGAUCUCAAUUUUAUUUUUGAAGUGUUUUGGACGAUGUGCGUGCAGUUAUAAGAUUUUUUUUUUAAUCAAGGGGGGGGGGGAUCUUUUAUAAGAGGGAAUGCAUUAAUUAGUCUGAACUGCAAGCUUGUAAAAAUGCAUUAAAACGAAAAGAAGCAGAAUAUAGAUUAUUAUUAUUAUCAUCAUUCGUUUUCAUUUAGUAAUAAACUGUUCAGAAGCAUUAGCUAAAGUGGCAAGUUUUAUUGCUGAUUAUCUGGUAUGAUGUAGUCAUAAAUAUUUAUUUGAAUUGCAUUCGAAGUAAGCCAUUAUAAUUUUUUUUUUUUUUAAAUAUUUGUAUGGAUGAAUCAGUUAGCUGCUGUCUAUGAUGUAUCAAGAUUCCUGGCACUUAGACCAAGUUUUACUGCCUUGGGGAAUUUCAUCCACUUUCAUUAAUUAAAAAUCAUAUUUUUAUGUGUAGUCAAUCCCUGGGGUGUUCUUGUCCUUUGAUUGAAUCCAGUUGUAUUUGUAUUCAGGUUUUUUUUUUUUUUUUUUUUUGCAUUACUAUCUUCAGCUGCUACUGCAAAGAUAAUGGAGAAAGUUUUUAUUUAUUUAUUUAUUUCAUUUUUGUUAAUUUUUAUUCAGAUGUUAGAUAAUCUUUUUUGUUCUUACCUUUGGUGCUUCCUGUAAACUUCUUUUUAUUGUUGACGUUACUUUUAAUUGCAUCAAAACUUAAAAAAAAAAAAAAAACACCAGACAGCACUCAAGUUUUAUCUGUAAGAAAUGUAAGAUCUUGAAGAUUUUUCUCAAAACUUCCUUACUUCACAUUAUUGUAAAUCAUACUUAACAAAUUAUGUUGCAACUUUAAAGGAACACCUAUUAUGUACAAAAGUUCACGUGCUCUGUUUCAUAAGUAGCUUAAAAAACCGAAAACUUGAAUUUUGUUACUAAAUUUAUUUUGUGAGUUUAGAAACACCGAACUAAAUAAAUUAUUUGUUUUCUAUUAAUUUUGCGUUUUCAUAACUGCGUUUAAAUUACUUGAUGCACACGCUAAGUGCUGUGACACUUUAGUAGUGCAUAAAGGGGAAAAAAUCAUAAAACCCAUUCCUUUUAUGAAUUAUGAUUUUUGCAAGUUGCCAAAUCAAAUGAUGAAAUGCACAGUGCGGUUAUUCCUAUAACUAAGAACUUAUUUAAUGUCUUUUUGCAGUUUUCGGUGUAAUUUGAAACUGACAAUGUUCGUCAUAUUUUCUACAUAAUGAUUAUUGAUUUCGCGUGGAAUAGCAAAAUAGCACUCUGCUGUACAUUUUGAAAAUGCUGAUAUCACAAAGGAUUAUUAUUUCAUCUAUCUAUUUAUUUAUUUUUUUUAAGGUAACCGCUUAUUAUUGUUUCUAUUUUAUUUCUGUUUUAGAUAACUGCUAAGAUUAUAAACAUCAUCGUUUUAUUUACAAACGUCAAUGCAAUAUUAUAACAUGUUUCUUCGAAAUACUUAGUGAUAUGCAAUACAGUUUAAUAAAAAGAUCUUUAUAUUUUGUUUACAAAUGCCCUGGAUUCAAUCAAAUUUCUAGGACUUGAAAAUCGCAGUGACAUAUAUGCUUUCAUGUCAUCAUGUAUUUAAAUAUUUAUUUAUUUUAAACUAUUUACGGGGGGUAUCAUGUACGAGAAGAUUUUAAUGUUUGUAUGAUGCUUUGAUGUUUUGUGAUCAUAAUUUGUUUGUGUGCUUAAAUAGAUGAGUGUGCAUUUAAUUUUUUUGUAGUAUUGAAAUAAGUUGCACAAAAGGAAAGGGAUUUUUUACCAGUGAUAAUUUAUGUUAUUUAAUUUCCCUUUUUGUGUUUGUAAUUAUUUGUACUAUGAAAAUCGUAACUAAAGGCACUAGUUUUUUUUCGCAAUACGUUAACAGUUUAUUAGCUAUAUAUCUUAAGGGUUAAUUUUUUUUGUUGUAAAGAUAUCUUGAUGUGUUCUAUUUAUUUUUUUUCUUAAAAAUUUUAUUCAAAUAUAUGAUAUUGUAUAAAGCGUUGCUUAGAACUAGCUUUCAUGAAAAGUUAUGGAUUAAAUAUUUAUUAAUCAAAGAAGUCUCCAUUUUAAUUUUAAACAUCAAAUUCGAUUGUAUAAUUUUUAUUUAGAAUUCUUUUUUUUUUUUUUUUUUUUUGGUCAAGAAUGACUGAAAUUCAUUUAAAAUCUGAUUGUGAAGAAUUUAAAUCAUAGUCUUAAAUUUAUUUUUUAAACAUCAAAUUCGACUGUGUAAUUUUAUUUAGAAUAUUUUUUGUCAAAAAUAAUUGAAGUUCAUUUAAAAUCUGAUUAUGAAGAGUUUAAAUCAUGUUCUUAAAUUUAUUUUUGUAUAGUAUUAAAAUUAAUCUGUUUUUACAUCAAAUUAUGAAGCAAAUUCAUGAAGGACAAAAAUUUAAUUCCAUUUUGUGCAAUUUAUAAAUCAUAUAUUUUCACGAAUGAUAUAUAAAAUAGUAUUUAUUAGAAAUUAAGUUCAGCAAUUUGCUUCAUAAAAUGUAAAAAUAUAAUACAACUCCGCACAGAAAUUUUGUGUUUAAAAUAUCUUUCGGCUCAGGUCGAGUCGAAUAUUUUUUUAAAACUAUUUUUAUACGAAAUUAAAAAAAUAUAUUAUCUAUUUACAUAUUUUUAUUUAUAUAUAUAUUUAUAUAUUAUAGUGAUAUCAGUAUGUUGGAAUUAUGCCUUAAAUUUAGGCUCGGAGAAGCCAAUAAAGUGCCUUUUUUUCUACUAAAAAAGGGGGACCAAUCUCAGCGUUCCUGUUUAACUGUAACCGUCAGCAUUUUUCUAAAAAAUGUGUGUAACAUUCCCGUAUAUUAUGCAGAUUGCGUGUAAUUUGGAAUGAUAUUUUGUGUGCCCGUUUGUUCUAUUUUCGAAUUAUGUAAAGCACAAAACGUGAAGAUUGAAUGGGAAUCUUUUAUUGUGAAUAAAUGUGAAUAAAAAUAUAAUAAAUUAUUGAAUAAAAAUGUUGCA